AUGGCCACCUCAAGGGACAGGGAUUCUUUCUCCGAUUAUGUCACAGCAAGCGAUGCUGGAUCAUCGGAUGACUCAUGGGCCUUUCCAGCGAGGAAGAGAACCGAAGAUUCUGCUCGCACGCCUACCCCAAGAGGCAAACAGCAGACGACGCGAUCAGACGACGUUUCGCGGUCGACAUCUGCACUUAGCUCUUUGAGCACGCCCUCUCGCUCUAGAUAUCAACACACUCGUGAGAUCAAAGAGACAAGACAGAGUCCAAGCACUGGUGGUCUUCAACGAAGUCAGACGUAUCCACAGCCUAGUCACCCUUCCAAGGAACCUGCCACCCCAGCUGGUACCCCGAUAAGCCGUAGUUCUGCGAUCGAAAAUGCCUUCAAGAAGCUGAACCUUGAUUCUAGUAACGUAUCUGGUGCGUUUUAUGGCCUGCCUAUUUCCUUACGCCUACCCGAGCCUUUCAUGCAGCCCCUCCUACACCAACUAGACCGCAAAGUUACCAAACCUGUCGUAAUAUACAUUUCUUCCGACUCGGAAGACUCGGAGGAAGAAGUCCCAACCGACAACGAGCCUAUGCAGCAGCCAACUCGCCCUUCCUCGUUCUAUGAUGAUCCUUCAGCGAGCUCUACCCCUUCUUCGCAAGCCUCCUUAAAUUCCCUUUUCUCCUCGAUCUCGGCAAGCAGCAGCAUGUCCUCUGUCGGAUUUCCCGAGCAAACCAACGACGUUUUCUCCAGCUGCAAAGUGGACGCUACUCAAUAUCUUGCGAGUGUCAAAAGGCCUCGAAAGGCGUCGACCUCAGUGACUGGCGUUCGGGACACGUUCAGUCCUGAACAGUUGUCGAUUUCGCCGAACGUCACUUCCAGGAAGAGGCGUCCUCAGAAGCGGGAUGUUGAUGCCCCAACAUCGACUAGUGUUACAGCUGUCGCCACCCUGAAACGAGAGCUGAAAGGUCCUUCCGCACCGAUAUCCCGCGUCCUUCAACAGCCCUCAGUGCCGUCUAAACCUUCUCUCGCAGUUCCGCCCGAGGUCAUCCGGUUUGCGAACGGCCCUCUCUGUGCUGACCUCAAGGAGGUAUUUAUUGGUGGACGACCCGAUGCCAAUGGAACUCAGAAAUUGCUUGACGAGCACCGCAUCGAAUGGGGCAUACAGUACGAGCUGGCUCGCGGUGUUUCGAAUGGCUCUUGGACUUGGGAUGACGUCAGAGAUCGCAUCCUGGAGCUGAGGGGGAAGAAUGCCGAUGCCGCAUAUAAGGUUAACCGAGUCAUGACACGUAUGAGCUCUCUUUCGAAGUCUGGGCUUGCAAUUUGGGAAGAACUUGAUCGCGAGCAAGCUGCGAUUCUCGAGAACAAAGGUCGUGGCUUGGGUCUGAUGGGCGAGUGGCACGGCGAGUCUAAUUGGUAUGGGGGCAGAAUCCAACAGCUCGGUCAUCUGGUCAAAGAUGGGUCAACCUACAACGUCGUCCUCGAAAGGAUGGAGAAGAAGCGAUCUCAUCGCUUUGCCCGUUAUUAUGGAUCCCGACGUUUCAUCCAGAUUGGCAUCCCAGAAGACCUCUUGAAGAAAGAGAAUGCUGCUAUCAAGAAGUUCGUUAAAUCCAAGUUCAUUCUCUGUGGUCGAGUGUUUGUCCCUUUCCACUCGAAAGAUAAGCACAUCUAUUUGGUGGAGACGGAUGAGAAUUACGGUCGGUCGAGUCAAACCUGGUGUGGCGACCUAUUUCGACGUCCGUUUAACGAGUUCAUCAAUUGGCAUAACCCCCUGGGUCAACAUAAGAAUUUCAAUCAGGUCAUCAGCAAGUGGGCUACUCGCUUCGCUUUAGGGUUAUCAAACUCGGUCCCUGUCCUGGAAUUUGAGGAGGAGAAUAUCUUCUUCAUCGAUGAUAUUCAUGCCUCCGAUUGGCCCAAGGAUAAGAAAGGCCCGCCCGCUGAGAAGGUCAUGACCGACGGCUGUGGUCUCAUCAACCAUGCCGCCUUGGUUCUCAUCGUCAGGACCAUUGGACUUGAAAGCCUUCCAGCAGGUAUCCAAGGCCGUAUCGACGGUAGCAAAGGCUUCUGGAUUCUCCACCCUGCCGAUGACUCGACCACACCGAAAAUCUGGAUCCGCGAUUCUCAAAAUAAGAUAAAGAAUCGCUCCUUUGACCGAGCUCACAGAAUCUUCGACCUCCUUGGGCCUUCUCGUCCAUCGCAUCCGAUUGCUCUAACGUCGCUUAGUCGUGCACUUGGAUUGAAGGGUCGUGACUGGAAGGAUGAACCCGUGCCUGAAGGAUCAGAGAAACAAGAUGACCCUCCUGCGUAUACCGGACGCCAUCCAUACAGUGGUGCCCCUCUCGCAUUGCAUGAAUGUGCUUAUGAGCUUCUCCAAGCAGGUUUUCAUCCGUCAAAGAGCAAGAUACUCCAGGAAAAGAUCGGAUAUGUUGUGACAACAACCAUUAACAGCACGGUAGAGAAGUACCGGAUUCCAAUCCCAGAGUCGCGAAUAGAUCCACUUGGCGUGUUGGAGGAAGGGGAAAUUUAUUAUCGGUUUUCUAAACCUCGUAAAGAUCCGAAGACCGAGAUGUUGGUGCAUGUCCUAGAAGGAGAUGUUCUGAUUGGACGGUAUCCCAUCCAUCUUCCUUCUGAUGUCCAGAAGGUGAAAGCUGUAGCCAAACGCGAGCUCGAUAAGUGGGUCGAUGUCAUCGUCGUCUCGACCCAGGGCACUCAGAGUCUCCCGAGUUUUCUCUCCGGCGGAGAUAUGGAUGGAGACGAGCCCAUCAUCUUCUACGGCCCCGAUCUUGUCGAAUGUUUCCACUCUAAACCGUUGGCUGAAGCACCGCCCGAUUUCAUGGAGAAUAACUUCGACCGCGACGUAGACGAGGCAUUCCUGGAGGUCCUAGUUGCUAAUCUCAGCGAAUCUCAGAAGGGUCUGUACGACAUGAUGCACGGCAAUGCCGUUGUCAAAUACGGGUAUGGACAUCCUGAGACCAUCCGGCUGGCCUACAUUUUCUCCACACUUCUGGAUGCGAGCAAGACUGGUCGUCGUCUGAAAACGGGUAUCUUCAAGAAGGAUAUGAGCCGGUUUGGCAAUCUAUCCAGACUCGGGACCUCUUCUUCGGACAUUCUGUCAAUCCUCAAAGCUGCUGGAGAAAGGAAAGGCGAAGAGCUCAAGCAAAAAUUCAUGGCUCAAUCUGGCGACGGUGAUGCAUCUCGUGGAUCUGGCGGCACUGACAAAGAUCUUCUGAAACCGUACGACGUCAUUUCCGCCUUUUCUCUUCAUAAAGUGGAUGGCAAGACCAGUGACUACUGGCAUGAACUAAAUAGAAUUCGCGACCACGUCAAGAUUGCUGAGAAUACCUGGCUUGAUGCGUGCAAAAACAAUCAAGAAUCGCCCGCGAAAGGUGGAAAACGGAACAAGAAGGCAGAAAAAGAAGAGAUGAUGCUUGAAGCUAGUCGCCGAUAUGCAGACCCCAUUGAUGGGAUCAAGCUCAUCCCCAACGUCGAACAAGUCAAAGCAUCAUAUGCUUACACCGUCCGGAGAAACUUCGCCUUUAGUGUCGCCUUCAACGAGCUUUGCCACAUCAAGGCCCUGGCUUCUCCUGGGGGACAGAUACCUACGCUCCGAAUGUUUGCGGAGGCGCAAGGAUUCAACUCAUCUUACAUGAGAGCUGCCACACAUUUCGAAGAAGAGUAA